AUGGAACACACAGAUGCGUCAGAGACUUCUACUCGCUUUGAGAACGAAUUGGCCUUGCUCGAAGCGAUGUACCCCGGCCUCAUUUCUUUCGACUCAAAAAGCCGUGACCUCAAAUAUACCUCCCCGAAUUCGUCCAGCGCAACUUUGGUUUUACGACUUCACGACCAGUAUCCUACAGGCCCCGACAAGCCCCAAAUCAUUUCCGCGUCCAGUGGAUCCAGGAAUGACAUCCGCAACAAAGUACAACAAGCGGUUGAAACCGUUAUGUUCGAGGAGCAGGGCUCGGAAAUCCUGGACAUCUUGAUCAACCGGUUCGAAGAAAUCACGGCUGAGACUGCGCAGGGUCCCGUGGCCGGAACCUCGGAUGGACAACACAAUGCGACAAAGGACAACGGCGUGGAUGCUGACGCCGAAUUCACCCAGCCAUUCAAGACGGUAAUCAUCUGGCUGCAUCAUCUUUUGGCCACUUCCAAGCGCAAACUCGCUGUAAAUCCGAGUCUGAAUGCAAGGGUACUUAGUCGAAGCGGGUACUCCUCCCUGGACAUUUCGGGCAUCACGAAGCCUGGCUACCCAGGCAUUAUGAUCUUCUCGGGUCGCAGUGACCUCGUCGAAGCACAUGUUGCAGAACUUAAGGCAUUGAACUGGCAAGCAUUCCAGAUACGAUAUGAUUCGGCCGAAGAAAGCAAACAGCAUGACCGUGCACCGGACCAAUGGCAGUUUUCCUGUUGCAAAGGGAAAAUUGUCGAACUUGAGACAAUGGCAGAAAUCGUCCAGAGCAUCGUCAAAGAAGACCAGAAAUCGAUAUUCCUCCAGGCUGUUGGAUUGAAGUGA